AUGUUAUUUGCAGAGAGGAACGAUGUGGACCCAUUGGAUGCUCUGAUUGCCGAGCUUGAGCGCAUUGAGGGACAGCAGGCUCUUGAAGAGGAUGAGCCCAGCAAGCCCCCAACUCCACAACGCUUCGUGGCAUCAGGCGGCCUUGCUGGGUUCAACGUGGCUCAGGAUCUCCUCAAUAUCGAAUUCAGCCCGCCUGAAGAAGCACCAGAUGAGUUCCGGAGCAUGGAAUACGAUGCAGAGCGCAUCACAACACUCAGAUCUGGGGUCUCAGCCUUCAUAUUCUACUUAUUUACACGAGGCACCACUGUCAAUGUAGCUGGCAACAAGGCCCUAUUUUUGUACCAGCUUGUAGUUUUGGUGGCAGAGUGCCUUCAUUUCAUUUCUGAUGCUCUGAUUGGACUCUGGCAGGUACCAGAUGUCUCAUAUCUGAAGGAGCUCCUACCUUAUCUCAGUCUUGGUGGUGUGCGCAUGGUGCAUUCACCUUCAGCCUAUGAAAAUAUCGGCCAUGCUUCUGAUAUCUACGACCAGAUCCCUUCAGCAGACACCGAUCUAGAGAAUGGUCGGAGUGCACAUGUGUCAGGGCAGCCAAUCAAGGAGUCACAUCCGUCAGCUGCAACUGCUGGGCGCUCUCUACGGAACUCAUUUCUGGCGUUCCCCUGGACCAAUUUUGUGCUCACCCUGUGCUCACUUGCUGGAGCUCUUGUGGGUGCUUGGCUGCUGUUUGGUGCAUAUGGCACUAGCGAGACGGCAAAGUGUGGAGCAACAAUUGUUGACAUUCUGACAGCCAACCUGCCUUUGAUCUUGUCCAUACUGUGGUGCAUUUGCAACGCCCUCAUCUGUUCCAUACCACUGGUUCACUAUUUUAUCUACGAGAGCUUUGCGUCCAUACCGGAGCAGGGUAGCGUCCAGGGAAAGGACACCGAUUUUAGUGGUGCUCUUGAUGCUUCCAUGAGCUUUUACGCUGCACAGCGCUCCGGUGUUCUUGGCAGCCCGCACGUUUCAUGGCGAGGAGACUCGGGGCUCAAUGAUGUGCCCACAGGGGGCUUCUAUCUUGGCACAAAUAACCUGAAGCUCACCUUCCCUAUAGCAACAGCUGCCCUUCAGCUUGCAUGGGGAGUGGCCAGCCUGCCCAGCUCUGCAGCAGUAGAUGAUCAGGAGCCUGGAGCUGAUCUCAUGGGCCACACAGCUGCUGCGCUGGCAGCUACCUCAGCUGCAAUUUUGCGCAUGUCCACCACAGAUUCCAGGAGUUUCUCAGCCCAGGCUCUCUCAUCUGCAACAGAGCUGUAUGUCCUGGCUGCUGCCAAUGAGGGGCUCUACAGUAGCAACUUCAUCCCCAACCAGAAGCUAUUUAAUUCCACUAGCUAUUUGGACGACCUGAUGCUGGCUGCCAGCUGGCUAGGAUUGGUCACAGGCAGGGUUGCAUACCUGCGAGAUGCCGAGGCUUACUGGGAUCGCAUCUUCAGUGAUUCAAACAACAUUUCUUGGCAGAGCAUGGUGUCUGAUUGGGAUAAUGCAUGGUGGGCGAGCAACUUGCUUCUGUGGAAGCAGACAGGGAAACCGCGCUACAAGGCGCAAUUUGACAGCUUCUUCGACAAAUGGAUGCAUGGUGGCAACGGGGUUACCUUGACCCCGAAUGGAUUGGCACUUGCUGGCAGCAAAGGCCAGCUGGGCAAUGCUGGUAAUGCCGCACUGUUGGGACUGGUGUAUGGGCGCUACAGCGGCGGGGGUGAUGGACUCCUUCGAGCCUGCUGGGCUCGCCGGCAAGGACUCCUUCGAUGA